AUGUCGCGUCUGACUGUGAUCCUUCGACGCGCGCACUUUGUGCGAUGGCCCGAGGCCGUGCGGAGGAGGUCCUACUCCUCAGUGACCUCGAAGGAUAUCGAGUACUUCCAGUCUAUCCUGCCGCCUGCCUCCAUCCUGUCCACCGUCGCUCCGUCGAAUACACCCGGCGAAGAGCUGGAUAUAUACAAUAGCGACUGGAUGAGCAAGUACCGUGGCCAAUCUACGACCGUCUUAAAGCCGAAGAACACUCAGCAAGUCAGUGACAUCGUGCGGUGGUGUGCGGAACGGGAAAUUCCCAUAGUGCCGCAAGGUGGAAACACCGGGCUAGUGGGCGGCAGUGUUCCGCUGAAGGAUGAACUCGUGCUUUCGUUGGCCAAUAUGAGCUCAGUGCGCUCCUUCGACCCUGUUUCCGGUAUCCUGGUGGCUGACGCCGGCUGCAUUCUUCAGUCCCUGACGGAUUAUGUUGCGCCCCAUAAUCACAUUAUGCCGAUCGAUCUGGGUGCCAAAGGCAGUUGCCACAUCGGCGGCAAUGUGGCUACGAAUGCCGGUGGCUUGCGACUCUUGCGUUACGGAUCUCUCCACGGCUCUGUACUGGGCCUAGAAGUCGUGCUUCCGGACGGUACCAUUCUCAAUCAGCUUUCGACGCUACGGAAAGACAACACAGGCUACGACUUGAAACAGCUUUUCAUUGGCUCAGAGGGCACGCUCGGGAUCAUCACGGCUGUCUCCAUUCUCACACCUCCAUCACCUCAAGCAUCGAAUAACGUCAUUCUUGCGCUACCGCAUUUUGAUAACGUGCUACCUCUCUUCCGGACUGUCAAGCGAGACUUGUCGGAGAUCUUGUCCGCUUUCGAAUUCAUCGACCGGACGGCAUACGAACUCGCAGUCAAGCAUGGACAAGGACGGGGACUGAGCGACGAGGAAAUCGAGGGUGCUGCGUGCUUUGUGUUGGUGGAGACCAGCGGUGGCCGGCGUGACCACGAUGAAGAGAAACUGAACGAUCUGCUGGCCUCGCUUCUUGAAGCGGAGAAGCCUCUCAUAACCAACGGUGUGCUGUCCCAGAAUCCCGCUCAGUUCUCGUCACUCUGGGCUCUCCGAGAAGGUGUGACGGAGGCGGUUUCCAAAGAGGGGAAGGCCUACAAAUACGACAUCUCUAUCCCCCUCGCUUCAUUCAAGGACGUGGUCGACACCACUCGCGAGCAUCUUCGAUCCAAGGGCCUCUUGAAUGACGACGCUGUGACCCAUGUCAUGGGCUAUGGACACGUCGGGGACGGCAACCUUCAUCUCAAUAUCGUGGCCAAAGCAUACAGCGACGAGAUCACGAACGCUUUGGAACCUUUCGUCUAUGAGCUUGUUGCUUCUUACCGCGGCUCGGUCUCUGCCGAACACGGGAUUGGUGCUAUGAAGACGCACGCUCUCCAUUACUCGAAGGACGAAACGAGCAUCGCAUGGAUGAGGAAAAUCAAACAGCUUUUCGAUCCGAAAAAUAUCAUGAACCCAGGAAAGGUGCUCGAGUAG